AUGGCAACCCUUGUUGAUGCAAUACAGAGGAAACAGGAAAAGUUGACAGAAAGUCACAUUUUCGUUGGCCACAUCCAAAAGACAUGUAGUCGUGACGGAUCGAAUAUUCUAUUUCCUACUCGGACAUUAACAAUGGAUUCUCAAGAUAUUAAGAGCAUUGGUUGCAAGGAUGAAUUGCUAAAAGCAGCUGAACAUGUUAGGGAGUUAGAUUUGGCUUGUAAUCGGCUGUCUUCAUUUGAAGAGGUAUUUAAAAUUCUAUGUUGGCUUGAGAAACUUGAAUCAUUAAAUUUAAGUCAAAACCCACUAGGUUGUCAUAUCUCUGAUAACCAAUCUUCCAAUUCAUCUUUUGAUGAAGAUACUAUUGGUUUAUUAUCUACUGAAGGAGAAGAAAAUAUUCAACCUAUGAAUAGCUCUGAAUUAUCUAUACAGGAUCAAAAUUAUUUUUAUUUUAACAAACUGUCAUCUUCAUCCAAGUCGAAUAAAAUACUUCAGUCUAAACAUAAUGAAAUUGAUUUCUCACCAAUUUUUCACAAUGAAUCCAUGAAUGAUUCAAUAGAAAAAGUUAAGUCGACUAACCAUCCAAAUGAUGGUGUUGGUAGUAAUGGUAAUCUCAAACAAACAAGAGGAAAUGAACCAUCUAACAUGAAAACGCUACCAAAGCAUCCUUCAGCUCCAUCUGAACUGGCUUUAAAUUCCGGUAUUAUAUCUCCUACCACAGUGUUUCCUUGUUUAAGUGUACUAGCAUUGAAUUCGACGUAUGUACCAUGGGAUUGGGUGAUUGAUUUGCUUUAUCGACUACCAAACUUAACCGAUUUACACGUUGCACGUAAUAAUUAUGGAGCAGAAGGGCGGACUGAAGUAUCUUCUGAUCAUAAUGAUGAUAAUGAUGCCACACCAUUACCUGUAUUUCCUCAUUUACACAGUUUAUAUUAUAGCGAUAAUGGCAUAUCGAAUUGGUGGACAAUAUGUCGUUUGUGUAAACAUUUCCCUGGAUUGGAACAAUUGAUUUUAUUAGGUAAUCCUAUUGAACAUAUACCAUUUCCGCAAGAGAAUUUACAUACAUCUCAGCAUACUACAACAACAACUACUACUAAUAGUAAUAAUAACAAUAAUAAUAAUACUGAUAAUAAUACAUCAAGAAAUACUUGUUAUCAGCAUCAGUGCUUAUUUCAAAAUGUACAUACAUUAGGUUUAUCAGAAACAUUAAUCAAUCAAUGGGAAAGUAUUGAUGCUUUGAAUGAAUGGAUGCCUAGUUUAACCAAUUUACGAUUAGGCAAUACUUUACCUGUAUUUCAGUCUUGGAUAGAACCUGAUUGUCGAGCUCAUGUAAUUGCCAGAUUACCAAAACUUACUACAUACAAUCGAAGUGUCAUUGAUUCAGAGGAACGUGAAAGUGCUGAACGAGAAUUUGUUCGAUAUUAUGGUCAAAUUGAUCCAGAUAAACGUCCUAAUCGUUACUGGGCUCUAGAACGUCGACAUGGUCGACUUCAACCAUUAGCUAACAUUGAUUUAUCUCCAAAACAGCAUAUUCGUGUACGUGUCACAAUGUCAGGGAAAGAAGUUUGGUAUAAUAUAAAUGUCAACUUAAAAGUAUCACAAGCUAAACGUCAUUUCUGUAAUUUAUUCAAUAUUACUAAUCAACAUGAAAUUAAACAUUUGAAAUUAUUUUAUUUUGAUCAAGUUAUGUCACAAAUUCAAGGUCCAGAAGAAUUAAAAUAUCCAAAUCGUAAUUUAUAUUCAUAUCAAAUAGAGACUGGUGAUUUAUUCGAAUUAGUACGAUAUCCAGAUUCUUGAUAAUGGAAAAUAGAACUUUUACAAAAGUACAAUAUGAUAUGUGUGUGUAUGUAUGUAUGUAUGUAUGUAUGUAAUUUUGUUAAUCCUUUCUCUCUUUUUCUGUGCAACACGCCUGUUUGUAUAAUAGUCGUUGAUUUGUUUGUUUUCAUUGUCAUCGAUUUCCCCUCCCCCCUCUCUCUCUCUUACUCGUCAGUUUUCCUCCUUCCCCCAUUUGUCAUAUUUACUCCCCAUUCACAAUAUAAUAGUGUAUAUUCAUCCGUUCAUUCAUUCAUUUGAUCUUAUUAAUUGUGAAAUAGGGGCUUAUUGGUUAAGGUGUUCCACUUUCAAUCUUGUUCAUUUUUAUUCAUUUCCAUUGGAGCAGCUGAAUUGUAUCAUCGUUAUCAUCAUUUUGAAUCCCUUUAUCUAUUGAAUAAGGUUAUCGGUUAAAGUCUUAAGUACUUGAUUAGUGACUUACAUUGUCUGUCUAUGUCUAUUUGUGAAUGUAUGUGUAAAUAUGUACUACAUUAUAAUUGUUCUCUUAUUACCUUUUAUUUAUUCAUUCAUACAAGAUGUGAUAGACUCCAAGUUUUUUUCUUCAAUUCUAUCGAUUAGUUAGUAUUUUUGACAAAUCAAUCAUGAUCAUUUUCGAUCAUUUUGCUUUUAAGGUAUAAUGUUAUGCAUACAUACUCAGUGUAUAUAUGUGUGUGUGUGUAAGUGCUCUUCUGGCAGUUUUGUGAUUUUUAUUUUCCUGUUUUCUUUUGUUUGUUUUUGAGUUUAUCUUUCUUUUUUUUCGUGUUAUUUAUUUGUUUGUUUAUUUCCAUACAUCUUAAUUCCUUGAUGAAUAUAAAUAAAGCGCUAAGAACAAGACAUCCAAAAUAAAAUGAAUUCAUCAUUAUAUUUCAAACUUUCUUUCUCAUCAGCUGCAAACAACUUAAAUUCGCAUUGGGAAUAUCAUUUUAAAGAGUUUCAUAUACCGUAAUCAAUGAAGUUUAGUUCGUUAGGUGAUAUAAAUAACAAGAAAAAGAAACAACAUGCUUAACGUAAUCGUAAAGUUUUCAGUAUGGGGUUGUGGAAAUUGUUGAAUUCCCUUGAAAUCAUGAACUGAUCUAAGUUACACCACCACUGAAGACUUGAAAGCACUGGAAAGCCGUUAGAAAAGGUCGACCCUAAAAAUGUCACACCUCACGGAUUUCUGUCUCAGGCGGUAAGGCCUUUUGCAUAACGGAGCUAACAUGUUAAAAACUUCCCACAAAAAGGUCGUGCAUAACCGGCCUCAAACAGUUGUCCCUUGAAUUCUGGUCACGCUCCCACGUCGUUAAGACCAACAUUAAUCCGACUUCCUUUUCGUGUUUCUCAAGAAAAGCCUUUACACGGUGUGGGCAGCCGGAAAGUGACAUCAGCCCUCAUACCCGUAACAGCACCCGAGGCCAAGUCGGCCACAUCCAAAUCCCUCCUACACCUCCAAAUAAAUCUCUUAUCUCCACGACUAACCCUUCUCACGUUACUUUAUCACCUUGCGCCGCUAAUGCAAACGAUUCGAGUAAGCGGGACGUUAUUGUCGGUCUCCUGAAACCACGCUCUAAACUGCAUGUGGGAGCUUUCAACGUCCGAACACUGUGCCAAAUAGGACAACAAGCUUCCUAGACUAGGACUUUAGAAUCUCGCACCAUCGAUGUGUGCCGCGUCUCCGAAACGCGCAUACAGGAUCCGAGUAGCGUCAUUCAUUUGACCUCACCAUAUCAAAAUAAAGAACCAUCUGGAUUCACGCUUCGUGUAUCUGGAAGCCCUGAUGCUGCUUCCCAUGGCCUCUCUGGUGUAGGCAUAGCAUUGAGUUUUAGGGUAUAACUAGUUCUCUUAUACUGGAUCCCAGUAGAUAGUCGUUUAUGCGCUGUCCGACUAAACAUAAGAGUAAGGACUCGGAAAGAU